GAGGCGGAGGGCUGCCUUGAAGAAGUCAAGAAUGAAGUCGGGGAGCUGAGUUUUCUCUCCCCCCGACGCCCGAGAGCCCAGCCGAGCAGAGCGCACCCCGUCUCCUGCCCUCCCGUCCCCUCGCAGCGGGGUCCCGCCGGAGCCAUGGGGCCCGAGCCGCAGUGAGCACCACCAUGGAGCUGCUGGCGGCCUGGUGCCUCUGGGGGCUCCUGCUGGCCCUGCUGCCCCCCGGCGUCGUGGGCACCCAAGUGUGCACCGGCACGGACAUGAAGCUGCGGUUCCCUGCCAGCCCCGAGACCCACCUGGACAUGCUUCGCCACCUCUACCGUGGCUGUCAGGUGGUACAGGGCAACCUGGAGCUCACCUACCUGCCUGCUAGUGCCAGCCUCUCCUUCCUGCAGGACAUCCAAGAGGUGCAGGGCUACGUGCUCAUCGCUCACAGCCUGGUGAGCCGGGUGCCCCUGCAGCGUCUGAGGAUUGUGCGUGGCACCCAGCUUUUUGAGGAGAAAUAUGCUCUGGUUGUGCUGGACAAUGGAAAUCUGCAGGACACGGCCGCCGCUGGAGGACUUCGAGAACUGCAGCUCCGGAGCCUCACAGAGAUCCUGAAAGGAGGGGUCCUGAUUCAGCGAAACCCCCAGCUGUGCUAUCUGGACACGAUUUUGUGGGAAGACAUUUUCCACAAGAAGAAUGAGCUGGCUCAGAAGUUGAUCGACAGCAACCUCUCCCCCACAUGCAAAUCCUGUUCUCCAGCUUGUAAAACCUCCCGAUGCUGGGGAGAAAGUUCUGAGGACUGUCAGAUCUUGACACGCACGGUGUGCGCCAGUGGCUGUGCCCGCUGCAAAGGUCCACUGCCCACCGACUGUUGCCAUGAGCAGUGUGCUGCCGGCUGCACGGGCCCCAAACACUCUGACUGCCUGGCCUGCCUCAACUUCAACCACAGCAGCAUCUGUGAGCAGCUCUGCCCCACCCUGGUCACCUACAAUACGGACACCUUCGAGUCCAUGCCCAACCCUGAGGGUCGAUACACCUUUGGCGCCAGCUGUGUGACAUCCUGUCCCUAUAAUUACUUGUCUACGGAUGUGGGCUCCUGUACCCUGGUUUGCCCGAUGGACAGCCAGGAGGUGACAAUGGAAGAUGGAACCCAGCGCUGUGAGAAGUGCAGCAAGCCCUGUGCUCCAGUGUGUUAUGGCUUGGGCAUGGAUCACCUGCGGGAGGUGAGGGCUGUCACCAGUACCAACAUCCAGAUGUUUGCGGGCUGCAAGAAGAUCUUCGGGAGCCUGGCAUUUCUACCGGAGAGCUUUGAGGGAGACUCUGCCUCCAGCCUGAGCCCUCUCCUGCCUGAACAACUCCGAGUGUUUGAGAGCUUGGAGGAAAUCACAGGUUACCUGUACAUCUCUGCGUGGCCAGACACCCUGCCCGACCUUGGUGUUUUCCAGAAUCUUCGUGUCAUCCGAGGCCGAAUCCUCUAUGAUGGUGCCUACUCCCUCACUGUGCAAGGCCUGGGCAUCCGCUGGCUGGGGCUGCGCUCUCUGCGAGAGUUGGGCAGUGGGAUGGCCCUGGUUCACCGCAACCCUCAGCUGUGCUUCAUCCACACUGUGCCCUGGGACGAGCUCUUCCGGAACGCCCACCAAACCCUGCUGCACAGUGCCAACCGACCUGUGAGCGAAUGUGUGGGCCAAGGCCUGGGUUGCUACUCACUGUGUGCCCAAGGACACUGCUGGGGCCCCGGGUCCACCCAAUGUGUCAACUGCAGCCAAUUCCUCCGGGGCCAGGAAUGCGUGGAGGAGUGCCGAGUCCUGCAGGGAUCCCCCCGAGAGUACGUGAAGGGCAGGCGUUGCCUGUCAUGCCACGCUGAGUGCCAGCCGCAGAAUGGUUCUGUAACCUGCUUUGGAUCGGAGCCCGAUGAGUGUGUUGCCUGUGCCCAUUACAAGGACCCUCCCUUCUGCGUGGCUCGCUGCCCCAGCGGUGUGAAGGCUGACCUCUCCUUCAUGCCCAUCUGGAAGUUUCCAGAUGAGGAGGGCAUAUGUCAGCCAUGCCCCAUCAACUGCACCCACUCCUGCGUGGACCUGGAUGACAAGGGCUGCCCCACUGAGCAGAGAGCCAGCCCUGUGACUUCCAUCAUUGCCACCGUGGUGGGCGUUCUGCUCUUUCUGCUCGUGUGUCUGGUCUUGGUUAUCUUCAUCAAGCGCCGGAGGCAGAAGAUCCGCAAAUACACCAUGCGGAGGCUAUUGCAAGAAACUGAGCUGGUAGAGCCGCUGACGCCGAGCGGGGCUGUGCCCAACCAGGCUCAGAUGCGGAUCCUAAAAGAAACUGAAUUGAGGAAGGUGAAGGUGCUGGGAUCCGGAGCUUUUGGCACCGUCUACAAGGGCAUCUGGAUUCCAGAUGGAGAAAAUGUGAAAAUCCCAGUGGCCAUCAAAGUGUUGCGGGAAAACACCUCUCCCAAAGCCAACAAAGAAAUCCUGGAUGAGGCGUACGUGAUGGCCGGUGUGGGGUCCCCAUAUGUGUCCCGCCUGCUGGGCAUCUGCCUGACGUCCACGGUGCAGCUGGUCACACAGCUCAUGCCCUACGGCUGCCUCCUAGACCAUGUACGGGAACAUCGCGGUCGCCUGGGCUCCCAGGACCUGCUCAACUGGUGUGUGCAGAUCGCCAAGGGAAUGAGUUACCUGGAAGAUGUGCGGCUGGUGCACAGGGACCUGGCUGCCCGCAACGUGUUGGUCAAAAGUCCCAACCACGUCAAGAUCACAGAUUUCGGGUUGGCUCGGCUGCUGGACAUCGAUGAGACAGAGUACCACGCGGAUGGGGGCAAGGUUCCUAUCAAGUGGAUGGCCCUGGAGUCCAUUCUGCGCCGGCGCUUCACCCACCAGAGUGACGUGUGGAGCUACGGUGUGACUGUAUGGGAGCUAAUGACUUUUGGAGCCAAGCCUUAUGAUGGGAUCCCUGCGCGGGAGAUUCCAGAUCUGCUGGAGAAGGGGGAACGACUGCCUCAGCCCCCCAUCUGCACCAUUGAUGUCUACAUGAUCAUGGUUAAAUGUUGGAUGAUCGACUCGGAGUGUCGGCCGAGGUUCCGUGAGUUGGUGGCCGAAUUCUCACGCAUGGCCAGGGACCCCCAGCGCUUUGUAGUUAUCCAGAAUGAGGAGCUGGGCCCAGCCGGCCCCUUGGACAGCACCUUCUACCGAUCACUGCUGGAGGAUGAUGAUAUGGGGGAUCUGGUGGAUGCUGAGGAGUACCUGGUGCCCCAGCAGGGCUUCUUCUGCCCGGAUCCUGCUCCGGGCGCAGGAGGCACUGCUCACCACCGACACCGCAGUUCCUCUUCCAGGAGUGGCGGUGGUGAGCUGACACUGGGGCUGGAGCCCUCCGAGGAAGAGCCCCCCAGGUCUCCACUGGCCCCUUCAGAAGGGGCUGGCUCUGAUGUGUUUGAUGGUGACCUAGGAAUGGGGGUGGCCAAGGGGCAGCAAAGCCUUCCCACACAUGACCUCAGCCCUAUGCAGCGGUACAGCGAAGACCCCACAGCACCCCUGCCUGCCGAGACCGAUGGUUAUGUUGCCCCCCUUACCUGCAGCCCCCCACCCGAAUACGUGAACCAGCCAGAGGUUUGGCAGCAGCCCCCGUCUCCCGCAGCUGGACCUUUGUCUCCCACUCGACCUGCUGGGGCCACUCUGGAUAGGCUCAAGACUCUCUCCCCUGGAAAGAAUGGGGUUGUCAAAGACGUUUUUGCCUUUGGGGGUGCUGUGGAGAACCCUGAAUACUUGGCACCCCGGAGUGGGACUGCCUCUCAGCCUCACCCUCCUCCAGGCUUUAGCCCAGCCUUUGACAACCUAUACUACUGGGACCAGAAUUCAACAGAGCGGGGUUCUCCACCUGGCACCUUUGAGGGGACCCCUACGGCAGAGAACCCCGAGUACCUGGGCCUGGAUGUGACUGUGUGAGCCAAAGACUAAGUCUUCUGAGGUCCUGCUGUACCCUGGGAGCUGAUGUCUGGCUGGCUCCGAGAUAAGCCAGAGAGGAGGCCCUUCAAGCACCCAGGGGAUUCUGUGACCCAGAACACGCCUGUCCACUCAAAUUUCUGGGGGGCCAACAGGCGCCUAGACUGGCUGCAGAGGGAGCGAUACUGGUGGACCUUUCUGGCUCUGGAGUCCCUCCGCAGCACACCGUGGACAGGGUGGCACCCUCACAGGGCUCGAUGCUUUGAGCACCUGCCCAUUAUACUUAGGGGAGCUGGACCUAGGAAUAGAGGGAGAGGGUCUGAGGGAGUUGGGGAACAAGAUCCUUUCAGAGAAUGUCUGAGAGCAAGGUCUGCCCCCCAAGGGAGCAGCAGUGCCACACCCUCGGACAGUGUGCUGUUCUCUUCUGUUUUUAUUUCUAUGCUGUUUUUUAAAGAUGAAAACAAGGACAUGGGGA